UUAACUUUACAUGAUACUCAAUUUCUAUCGUAAAAGCUAUGAUCCAAAAAAAAAAUAGCGCCAAAAUUAAAAAAAUUCAGGCGCCAAAUGCCAAAACAAAUAUUAAAAAAUAUAUAUAUCAAAAUACAUUAACUUUUGGCUUCUUCUGACUUCUUCUAAUAAAAAAAAGAAAAUAAAAGGGUCCAUCGAAAGGCAUGUAAAAGAGAGGGAGCGGGAGUGAGAGACAACGGCCAGAAGCUCCACCACCGCCAUCGCCACCGCAGCCCACCGAUAUCUUUGCACAAGAGGGCAUCAAAUCGGGUAUUUGGACAUCAAUCAGAAUACCCUCCAAUCUUGUGAAGAGUCGGCGAUUAGAAAAUUAAAUACGAUGCACAAAAUUGCUUCCUUCUUCUGUUGCAGAAAUCCCAAUGUGGAAUCAACAAUAGAACACAUUUGUCGUCAUAAUGGUGAUGGAGCCAUUCUUGUAUUCCUCACUGGUUGGGAUGACAUUUCUAAGCUGCUUGAAAAAAUUAAAGCAAACAGUUUACUUAGAGAUCCCAACAAGUUUUCUUGUUCUUCCUCUUCAUGGUUCAAUGCCUACCAUCAAUCAAUGUGAAAUUUUUGAUUGCCCACAUGCCAAUGUGAGGUUAAAGAAGCAGGAACUAGCGUCAUUUGCCAAGUCAGAUGAAGAUGUCUUCCGUGCUAUAGAACAAUCUGUAAAGAGAGAUUUUAGGGUGAGGAAAACAGUAGAGGUGAACAUAGGGUGCACAAAGGUGGUGAACGUAGGAUGCACUCACAACAAAAUAUUUAGUUGCAUGAUGCAAAUGAUACUGGAAAUGGUGGAUCUUUGGACAAUGCUAAAUGUAAAUUGUUGAAUUGGGAUGGAACAAAAGCGGUGGUUGUAGAAGACACAAUUUCAUCAACAGAUUCUAAAGCAUUGGUACAUCACAUGCCUCUUGGCCUUGGGUGUUGGAAAGUAUGGGUUAACCAUAUUAUAGUCAAUGCGCCAUUGUUUCGCCCUAAUCGUGAGAUGUUUGUGCUCGAGAAUGCUAUUGGAAGCACUGUUGCUUGGCCAACCCAUUUCAUUAGCUUUGACUUUGAGUAGAAAUCCUAACAUCUAUGGAUAGUUUUUGAGGACUUUGAUGAAUAGAUUUCUAUAAUCAUUGGAUAGUUUUGGGUAAUGUUUACAAACUUAAAUAUGUACAGUUUUGGAUGGUUUAUAACUUUUUGGAUAAUUUAGAACUUAAGGAUAGUCCUUUUGGAUGUUUUUGAACUUGCGGUUAGUUUUUGGAUGUUUGGAAUGUAUGUAUUGACAAUUUUUGAAUGUUUAUAAUUUAUGGAUAUAUUUUAUUUUUUAUGGUUGAAA